ACUUGUCAAUUGCAAUUUCCGUAAAAGCCGAUAUUUAAACAACAUGUCAUUUAUAGCUUUUAAAAAAUUAUAAAAAAGAAUAUAUAAUUGAAGAAAAUCGAGCAUGUCCCAUCAUUAUAUCGUUACGGCUCACAAGCCGACGGCCGUUACGUCAUGUGUGACCGGCAAUUUUACAUCGCCGUCGGAUUUGAACCUCAUCGUCGCCCGAAAUACCCGAUUAGAAAUAUACCUGGUGACCCCCGAAGGCCUGCGGCCCAUCAAGGAGGUCGGAUUGUAUGGAAAAGUGGCCGUUAUGAAGCUGUUUCGACCUCAACAUGAAAAGAAAGAUUUGCUCUUCGUAGUAACGUUGAGAUACAAUGCUAUGAUACUGGAAUGCACCAGCGACGGAGAAAACAUAGACAUAAUAACCAAAGCUCAUGGAAAUGUAGCCGAUCGUAUAGGCAAACCGUCCGAUACCGGUAUAUUAGUCGUCAUCGAUCCGAAAGCCAGAGUUAUCGGCCUACGAUUAUACGAAGGCUUGUUCAAAAUCAUACCACUGGAUAAAGAUAACUACGAGUUAAAAGCCUCGAAUUUUAGAAUGGAAGAGUUGCAAGUACAAGAUGUCGAAUUUUUACACGGUUGCGUAAAUCCCACGUUAAUUUUAAUCCACCAGGACGGUAACGGACGACACGUUAAAACCCACGAAAUAUCCCUGAGAGAAAAAGAAUUCGUCAAAAUCCCAUGGCGUCAGGACAAUGUAGAAACCGAAGCUUCGAUCAUCAUACCCGUACCCUCUCCCCUAGGAGGCGCCAUAAUAAUCGGGCAAGAGAGUAUUUUGUACCACAACGGUAUAGCUCCCGUAGUAGUAGCACCUCCGGUUAUCAAACAAAGCACGAUCGUAUGUUACGCUAAAGUCGACCCGGGCGGUUUGAGGUACCUUUUGGGCGACAUGGCGGGCCAUUUGUUCAUGUUGUUCAUCGAAACCGAAACCAGAGGAGACUUCACCGAGGCGGUUAAAGACUUGAAAGUCGAGCUACUCGGAGAAAUAGCCACACCCGAAUGUAUCACUUACCUGGACAACGGAGUGUUGUUCAUCGGUUCGAGAAUAGGCGAUUCGCAACUGGUAAAACUGAACCAAAAAGCGGACGAGAACGGUUCGUACGUCACCGUAAUGGAAUCGUUUACGAAUUUAGCGCCUAUACUCGACAUGUGCGUGGUGGAUUUGGAAAGGCAAGGACAAGGCCAGCUGGUCACUUGCUCGGGGGCCUUCAAAGAAGGAUCGUUGAGGAUCAUCCGAAACGGUAUAGGAAUCCAAGAGCACGCUUCCAUCGAUCUGCCCGGCAUCAAAGGCAUGUGGGCGUUGCAAGUAGCAGGUAGCACUCAAGACAACACGCUGGUCUUGUCCUUCGUGGGUCAAACGCGCGUGUUGAGCCUCAACGGCGAAGAGGUGGAAGAGACCGAUAUAGUGGGCUUCGCGGCCGAUCAGCAAACGUUCUAUUGCGGCAACGUGGUACACGAUCAAUUGAUCCAAGUGACGCCGAUCUCGGCGCGAUUGGUGUCGGCUCAAAACAAAACUUUGCUGGCCGAAUGGAAGCCUUCGACCGAGAAGAACAUCAGCGUCGUGGCCUGUAAUACCCGGCAAAUUAUCCUAUCGACCGGUUCGGCUUUGUAUUAUUUGGAAAUCCAUCCUAAAGAGCUCAUACUUAAAGGAAAUACUACAUUAGAUGUGGAAGUGGCUUGUUUGGAUAUAAGCGUGUUGGGCGAAGGAUGCACAUCGGAUUUGGUAGCAGUGGGGCUGUGGACGGACAUUUCGACUCGAAUUCUACGAUUGCCGGAUUUAACGGAAGCCGAUAAGGAACUGCUAGGCGGCGAAAUUAUCCCUCGAUCGGUGUUGAUGGCGAAUUUCGAAGGGCACAAUUACCUGCUGUGCGCCCUGGGGGACGGUUCGAUGUUCUAUUUCACCCUGCACAAAGACACGGGUUUGCUGAGCGAGAAGAAGAAGGUCACAUUGGGCACGCAACCGACAGUGUUAAAGACGUUCAGAUCUCAAAGUACCACCAACGUUUUCGCUUGUUCCGAUCGACCCACCGUCAUAUACUCGUCUAAUCACAAACUCGUGUUUUCGAAUGUUAAUAUGAAGGAAGUGAAUCACAUGUGUUCGUUGAACGCCGAGGCUUAUCCCGAUAGUCUCGCUUUGGCAACGGACACUUCAGUUACUAUAGGAACGAUUGACGAAAUUCAAAAAUUACACAUAAGAACUGUUUCCCUUCAAGAAUCUCCUAGAAGGAUAGCUUAUCAAGAACAAACACAGACUUUCGGUGUGGCUACUGCACGUAUCGACAUACAAGACUCGACGGGAUUGAAUCCCGCAAGGCCUAGCGCUUCGACCAUGGCGCAAUCCGUGACGAUAUCGAGCAGCGUGGGUACGUUGGGAAUGAGCAAGUCCGGUCACACCGGUCUGUUGUCCAAUCAAGUACCGGACUACGGUCAAGAGGUGGAAGUCCACAAUUUGCUGAUCAUCGAUCAGAACACGUUCGAAGUGUUGCACGCGCACCAGCUCAUGCAACAGGAAUACGCCAUGUCGUUGAUUUCUUGUACUCUUGGAAACGAUCCGAAUCCCUAUUUUGUUGUCGGUACAGCGAAUGUCAAUCCGGAGGAAUCGGAACCGAAAACCGGCAGACUUUUAGUGUUCUAUUGGAACGACAAUAAGCUAACGCAAAUUUCGGAAAAGGAAAUCAAAGGGGCCUGUUACUCGUUGGCCGAUUUCAACGGGAAACUGCUGGCCAGUAUAAACAGUACCGUGCGACUCUUCGAGUGGACGGCCGAAAAGGAAUUGCGUUUGGAAUGUUCGCAAUUCAACAACAUCAUCUCGCUCUACCUGAAGACCAAAGGGGAUUUCAUUUUGGUCGGCGAUUUGAUGAGGAGCAUGACGUUGCUGCAAUACAAGACGAUGGAAGGAAGUUUCGAAGAGAUAGCGCGCGAUUACAAUCCGAAUUGGAUGACGGCCAUCGAGAUAUUGGACGACGACACGUUCCUCGGCGCCGAGAACAGCUACAAUUUGUUUGUGUGCCAAAAGGACAGCGCCGCCACCACCGACGAGGAGCGAUCGCAAAUGCACGAGGUGGGCCAGUUCCACAUCGGCGAUAUGAUCAACGUCUUCCGACACGGGUCGCUCGUCAUGCAGAAUAUCGGAGAGACAUCGACGCCGACGAGGGGAUGCGUCUUGUUCGGCACCGUCGGAGGCGCCAUAGGAUUAGUAACGCAGAUAACGCAGGAAUUCUACGAAUUUUUGCGAGAACUACAGGACAAAUUGUCGUCGGUGAUCAAAUCCGUGGGUAAAAUCGAGCACUCGUUCUGGAGGGCCUUUCACACCGAGUUCAAAACGGAGAACAGCGAAGGAUUCAUCGACGGUGAUUUGAUUGAAAGUUUUUUGGAUCUAUCGCAGGAUAAAAUGAAAGAAGUAGCUGACGGCGUAGGAAUAACUGUUGAGAAUUUAGUAAAGUUGAUAGAGGAUUUAACUAGGAUACAUUAAUUAAGAAGAUAAUUUCAUUUAAGUUUCCAGAGGGGUGUAUAACUUAAAUUAUUCUACAGUGUCGAUUUACAUAUAGUUCUCUGACAAUUUCGUU